AUGGCCAGCCUCGUGAGCCAAGUGUCGAGCGCCGUGGCCGCCUGCGCGCGCCGCCUCAAGCGCCGCCUCCUCCGCGCGCGAGGGCUCCAGUGGGGCGGCUGCCGCAGUGUCUGCCUCGGAAGGCAGCUCGUGCUAGCUGACGGUGGCGGCAACGACGACGACGCUGGCGCCGGCGAUCGUCGCGAGGAGGAUGGCCAAGGACAAGGUGCCCUGUGGCGCCGGGCGAUCCUGAUGGGGCAGCGCUGCGAGCCACUCGACUUUCCCGGCGCCAUCCACUACGACAGCUUCGGCCGGCGGGUCCAGUCGCCCCGCUGCUGCAGCAGGAGGAAGGCGGCGGGCGCGCUGUUCUGCCGCUCGUCGGACGCCGUAGACGACGCCGUCACUGCAGCCUCAGCCAAGGAGGCAUACUACGCCUACCUGUCUACUGAUCAACACUGA